AUGAAUAAUCAGCAAGCUUUGAUCCUCAAAGAGGUCCAGAGAUCACUGGUACUAGACGAACGGCCCAUACCUCAGUCUGAAGGGAACCAAGUCCUUGUAAGAAUUAUUGCGACCGGAAUUAACCCACAUGACCAGAAGAAGUACCUACCUUACGCCAUUCUCACAAAUGAUAUCAGUGGAAUUGUCGAGAAGAUCGGACCUGAAGCCCAAAGAUUCUCCAUUGGCGAUCGCAUCUUCGGACAAUGGCAUAUUCUAUCCGGCGGUCCAGACCAAGCUGGCUUGCAGCAGUUCUGUAUCCUAGACGCAGAUUCUGCUGCUCCCAUUUCCAGUCAUCAUAGCUUUGGCCAGGCAGUGAUGUUCCCCAUCAAUGCAAUUGCGAGUUUUAUUGCACUAUUCGAUCCGUCUGGGUCGGGUUUAACACCCAUAUUCCUGGGCUAG